AUUUUCAAUCAAUUUCUUCUCUUCUGCACGAAACGACUGAAAAAAUUCCUGUGAAUAUAAUAAGAAUUAAAAAUACGAAUAAAUAGAAUAAUUUUACGUUUUAAAUGCGAUACAUUCAAUUAACGUUAUCCAGUUACAAAAUUUCAUUUGUUUCUAAUUAAUUGCGAACAGAGUUUUGCAAACGAUUUGUGAGAGCAUAAAAACGCUACUCGUCAAUCAGUCACUGAACGACAGUGUAGUGAUUACUCGGUCAAAUUGUCUUGUGGAGCCAUUAACAUUAUAGUCAUAGUACCACUGUGUCAUUGUAUACGACUCGGAACGAAAGAAACGGUUGGAGUACACAACAACGAAAUACAUAACAAAAAUAUACAUAUAGUGACUCUGUAAUUGAAAUGCAAGUUGCUGCAUAAAAGCGGGUCUCUGUAGCAGUUGCAGUUUUGCUGGUAUGGAACUGGUAUGGUUUUAGCCAGCAACGAAUGGCUCAACAAUAGCGAAGAUGAACAAAAGUCUACAUCGGGAAGCAUACAAACACAAACAACAACAACCAACAACACAAACGCAACAAAUCGCGUCAACGCCGGCUCAACGCAAGUUCUGGCAAGUGCAUCAGAGAUCACCAGCAUUAAUAAUACUGCAAUUCCAGCAGUCCCAAUUACAACACCAGUAACAACAACGGGCACUGCCAACGCAAAUAACGAAAUUAUGUCUGAAAAUACAAAUAAUGAAAUACAUGAACCACAACAAGAGCAGUUAGCGCAACAUCUAAAGUGUAAUAUCGACGAUAUACAGCCUGCAGCAAUUAACGAUGUUACUGAUGUGGUGUCGAGUACACAAGAAGUUGUCAAUAAUAAUAGUGAAGUGUUAAACUGUGAUACUUCAAAUUCGAAUGCGAAUACAGCGAAUGCCAAUAGUAAUAUUAAUGUCAGCAGCAUUAGUGAUAAUGGCGGCGAGAAUGGCAUGACAAAUGUGCAUACAAAUGCCAAUGCUGCUGGUUCAGUUGAAAUUUCAAAUAGCAAUUCAAGCACCAAUAAUGCGAAUUUGUACUCGAAUUCAAGUUCCAAUGCGAGCACACUGCAAUCACCCAUUGUACGUCAAUCAAAAGCGGUUACUAUAACCACCGGCACUGCGCUGACAGGCGGUAAUCUGCCACUCAGCAGUCCAAUUACACCGCAAGCAUUAAGCAGCGCACUGCAAUCAGUUAUGAAUGCCAGCAAUAAUGUCAAUUCGGCAAAUACAGCGGUGGGUAAUCUACAAAAUACUUUUCUAAAUACAUUAGGUAUGGAUAUUGGACAGGCUGCGAAAGAGCUGGGCACUGCUUUUGCAAGCGGUUUGGUGGAGGCACAAACGAAUAUAGUAAAUAAUAUUGGCAAUGCCGUACAGAAUGUCGGUAGCAGCAGUAAUGUUAGUAUGAAUUUGGAAACGGCGGACAACAAUGGUCAGGCGAAAAUCGUGCUACUCUGCGAGGCCAACUCACAUCCGUUCCAGACACGCACCAUACACCUAACGCCAAACAUCGAAUGCAAAGUGGGACGUCUGAUAGCGAAAAGUAAAGCAGCCGAAUCGAAUGCCAUAUUCGAUUGCAAGGUAUUAUCACGUAAUCAUGCUGUGCUAUGGUACACUGAUGACGGCAAAUUUUGGGUAAAAGAUACAAAAUCAUCAAAUGGUACCUUCAUCAAUGAAAAUAAACUUGGCACUGAAGCUGCCGAGUUGCAUUUCGGUGAUAUUGUCAAAUUUGGCGUUGAUGUGCUAGAGAAUUCGCGCAAAGAAGUGCAUGGCUGCAUUAUUGCUUUUGUAAAGCUGUACUUGCCCGAUGGCCGUGAGGCGAUAUCAAUCGAUACGACGGCACAACGUUCACAGUACUCUGGCGAAGGUCGCAUUAGCUACGAGGAAAUGCAUCGCUUGAAUUUGUACAUGCAAGAAGUGUCGCAGCGCGAGAAGACGCUCAAAUCGAAACUGUUUAAUAUACAAAAUGUUUUGGAUGCGACGCGUAAGAAUUCAGCGCUAUGCUGGCAAUCGCUCAUUGCCGAAGAUCAACUGUUGCAUCGCAUUAAUUCGCUCGAAAAGAAAUUGCAAAUUAUGGAGAAAAAUGUGCCAGAGAGCGUGUUGCGAAAUGAGGUACUAAAAUUGCUCGAAGAUAAAAACUCAUAUCAACUUACAGCCAAAGAAGCCUUACGCAAAGUCUACCAAGAACGUUGUGAUGCACUGCAAAUGCUCUCGAAAAUGGAAUUAGCCUAUGCCAACUCGGAUGGUGAAUGUAAAAUUUUACGCGAUCAAAUAAUGAAUACGAAGCAAUCACUGCAGGAUGUUAAUACGCGUUUGCAACGACUCGAAACCGAUUACAAUGAAUAUAAAGAGGAAGCAGAACGCAAGCAACAAGAGAUAAAAGAGCAGGAAGAGCAACGUCUUGCAGAAAUGUCCGAGAAAUUGCAACAACGUGAACUGGAAUGUGACGAUUUGCGGCGACGUGUUUCCGAAUUCAUGCUACAGCGCGCUGAACAAGUAGAUGAGGAGGAAAAACAGGCCAUUGAGAAGCUAGACGCUGUUAUAGGCGAUAUGGAUUUGGGUGACGAUGAUGAUGACGACGAUGACGAAAUAGAAGAAAACGAUGGUGAUGAAGCGAAACUUGAUGAGGGCGAUGGUGAACACAAGGAAGAUGGGAAUGAGAAGGAAUGUGCUAACAAAGCAUUGCGUUUGCCGCGUGCGACAAAAAGCCUUGAAAUAUUGAAUGGUGUGGGCACAAAAAUUUUGAAUAGCAAUGAGGAAAAGGAGGCCUUAAACAGUACCUCCAGAUCUGAUGUUGCACAGAAGAAGGAUAAACAAAAAAGUAAUGCCAAGGAGUCCACAAUACUCAAGUGGCUGCAAAAUUCCGAUUUGAAUCAAAAAGAAGGUUCCAUUGAUAUCUUCAAGGCCAUUUGUAAUGAGUCGGAUUCGAGUGACGAACAAGAACUUCCAUUAAUUGAGAACGAUGUCGGCGUCGUCGACAGCGAGAGUGGUAUUGGUACCAAUGCGACCUCAAUGGAGGAUAUAAAAUUAAAAUACAAGAAAUCGAAAAAUAAAUUACAAAACGUGCAGAGCAUACUAUGUCAAUUGGUAGAAGCGGAAAUGUCGAAAGAGUGCUACAAAUCAACUGGUGCUAAUACAACAGAGCACAAUGCUGCAGUUGUAGAAAAUGAGGCUUUAAAAGAAACACGCAAAGAGGGCGGAGGCACACCGUUGGAUCAUGAACAGAAGCUACUAUUACUCAAACGUAGCGUAGCCAUAUUGAGUGAAGCGUAUAAUGAGAUAUCUGACAAUCUGAAUGAACAUGUAUUACAACAAGCACUGACCGAGGAUGUAAAAGAGUUGUCACCACCACCUGCGAUAACCGUACAAACACAAUUCCAAAAUUAUGCAUCGUCAUUCAACACUGCGGCCAAUAAGCUGCUGCCACAAGAUACCUUAAAGCCGCUUAUAGAAGCUGCUGAGGAUGAUGAUGAUGAUGAUGUUGCAAAGGAAAAUGAUUUAGUUGAAAAGAAACUAGAAUCAGCGCAAACAGCUAAUGAUGAACAGCAAAGUGAGGAAUGCGUCACAGUGACUACACCGUCCACAAUCGUCUCUAACGAUAUGACAAACGAUGAAAUGUCUUUAAGGGAUGAAGUGUGCGCUUUGCAAGAACAAUUAAAAGUGUUGAAUCUUAAGCGUGAGCAAGAAGAGAGUGACGCACAAAAUUCGUUUGAGAUAAUGCAAAUAGAAUGUGACACAUACAAGGAAAAAGUAGCUGAAUUAUCAAAAGUUCUGCAAAAAGUUUGCGAAGAGAAACAGGAACUCGAGCAACUGCUUGAUAAGCGUACGGUCAUCGUGGAAAACGAACAACAACAACAAGCCGAACAAAACUACGCCCCCGAGCAAAGCGACACCGAAAUGAAAGUUCCACUUAGCGUAGCAGCAUUAUCCGCCGAAGUUAGUGUCAAAGAAGUGGAUAGUACAACGGCUGUACGCAGCGGCGAUGAAUUGCAAAGUGCAGAUAAAAAGCAAUAUGCCGACAGUACAUUGGAGUGCGAUUUCGAAGCGCAGCUACGUGAUGAUACGGCAGCCUUAAAUAGCAAUGCUUUGCAGCGCGAAGAGGAGCUGAUCGUGUACAAAGAGCGGCUGGAGAGGACACAAGACGAUAAUCUGCAGUUGCGCAACGAGAUAGCGGCGCUGCUACUGAAAUCCGGUACACAAGCGCAAACGCAUAUGGUGAAACAAUUGCUAGCUUACGGCACCGUAGUGGUGGCAAUUAUUGUUUACUUUAUCACAAUGUAUUUCUAAGUGCGGCCACAUUUGCUGCGCCUUCUACACACGGUAUCUGUCCAAAGGGUAAGCGAUAUGAUACGUGGAGCGGAGAGACAAAUGCAACAAAUACAACAAAAUGAAUAAGUACGAAAGCUAAAUUAAGGCAUCAGAACAAUACGAACAAAUACAAAGUGGCAAAUGUUAGAAAGCAAAAUUUUUGGAAAAAGUUGCGUUUAAUACUGCUGUACAAUGUACAUACUACUACUGGCUCGGCUACAUACAUGUUAAAUGAGUUAAACAGUCAGCUUUUGCUGCUGGUGGCAUAAGCUAUACACAUCUUACAAUAUGUGGAGUCAGCAAUUAACAAAAUAUUAGUUCAAAAACUACAAAAAAAUGAAAAACAUUUUUCUACAACUGAAACAAAGCAACAUUUUGAACUAAUACAAGGCAACUGGCUAAAUUUCUAGCAUAUUUGCUUGCUCAGUAUACGUUCGUUACACACACUCAUACAACACAUUUAAAAAUCCAUAAAAUAAUGUGAAAUAAUUAGAACCAUUACGAAUUCUUGUAGAUAUUAGCAAACUUUUAGUUUGUAAACAAAUCUAAAUUGCCACAAAAAAAACGUAUUACUAAGGUAAACGAAUUAAGCUAAUUAAACGCAUAUAAAAACAAACACCAAUACAUUUAAAAAUAUAAAAUUAAAGCAAAAUAAAAUAAUAUUAAAUAUGUAAUGUGUACAAUGUAUAAUAGCUUUAAUGAUGACACACAGAAAAGCAAACAUGCAAGCAUAACCACAACGCCGAAAAAUGUUAUGCUUAUUUACAACCAUAUACAUACUCAUCUAUAUACACGCUGUAUGUAUGUAUAUGAGUGUGCAAAAGUAAUAUGUACUGUGGUAGCAAAAAAAAAUAUUUAUGAUAAAAAUGUACUGUAUAAAUUUGUGUGUGCAUGUGUGCAUUUAAAUUAAGUGUGGCGUUUAUUUCCAGCAACAUAUUUGAAAUACAACUAAAAACGAUAAUUCGAUAAUUCUAAGCCCCACUCAUCUCUGCUGCUUGCUUGGCUGUUACCUAAUUGCGGCUGCAUACACAAUGCGUUGCAAUUAAGCGAAUAUUGCAUUUGUUUAAACUUAAUUUAAAUUAUCGCAUACGUAGACUCACAAAAAAAACAUAUAAGCCUAUAUGUGAAUAUAUACAUAUAAAUAGUAAACACGCGUACAUUUUAUAUAGGAACACGCAUUCGUAAAUUCGCUAUUUUGAAAACGUAACACAAUCACAAAAAUAUAUAUGCUUAUUCUAUUAUACUCUUACGGCGCUUAUUUAACAUUUACAAUAACUUACAUUCAUAUUUACAUACUCGUAUAUACACAUACACACAAAUAAAAUGUAUAUUAUAAUUUGCGUUACCAGCCAAAAAAAAAAUAAUAAUAACAAAAACAACAGAAUGUUGUACGAAAAA